AUGCAGCAUUUGCUCAAAGACCUGCAUUUGAUUUACAUCAGAGGAAAAAUGGCAAGUCCAUGGCACACAUUGGGUCGGUAUGACUUUCAGCCUGAACCUGGCUAUGUUCGGCGUAUGGAGGAACUCUACACAACGUCGACUGCCAUUGGCAAAUGCAGACUUGACAAUGUGGGGCAUUUGAAGCCAUGUGAUGACAAGCAUGCUCCGAUCAGACUCUACCGAAGCUACGGCGAGUGGUUUGAAUCUGGACUCAAGGCUACCAUGCCCAAUGUCACGCUCGAGACGACUUCGUCUCGCUUCUGGCCCUAUGGGCAAGACGUUACAAAGGUCCACCCCGCAGACAAGAAGAAUCAGUACAAGCUUGAUGACAGAACUGUUAGCAGCAUGAGGCCUUAUGUCCCACCACGGGAUACUUCUCUACCAGAUCUGAGGGCAUACAGAGGAGGAGGGUCCAUGGACCAGCAAUACCUUCGAGCUUUCGGCGAUACUGGAAAGCGCAUUCGCU